AUGGCUUCUGUCUCUACCACCCCCUUUGCCGAUCCUCUUUGGCUGAACCGCAGUUUCAGCCCAUACUAUACGGAUUCGCACCGUCGACUCCAAAAAGAAGCCCGUGAAUAUGUCGACACCUACAUCUCACCAUUCUGCGAGGAGUGGGAGAAGCAAGGUGCCGUUCCUCAAGAAGUUCAUAAGCGACACGCAGAACUUGGAUACACUGCUGUCAGCUCAUUCCCACUCGCAGCCGACCAUCUGAAUGGCCAGAGACUCCCCGGAGACGUUGAUCCUAAGAAUUGGGACGAGUUUCACGACAUUGUUGUCAUCGACGAAAUAGCCCGUUGCGGAUAUCUCGGAAUCAUCUGGGCGUUAGGCUGCGGCAACUCUAUCGGAGGACCGCCGGUGAUCAACUUUGGCAACGAAGAACAGAAACGACGAUUUCUCCCUGAUAUGUUGAAAGGAAAUAUCAGAUUCUGUUUGGGGGUCACUGAGCCAGACGCUGGGUCCGAUGUCGCCGGAAUAACCACUACUGCCGAGAGAAACGGAGAUGUCUAUAUUGUCAAUGGAGCCAAGAAAUGGAUCACCAAUGGGAUCUUCGCAGACUACUGCACUGCCGCCGUGAGAACAGGAGGCGAAGGAACCCACGGCAUCUCCGCUCUGAUCAUCCCACUCAAGGCUCCCGGUGUAACAUGCAAAAAGAUCGAAAACUCAGGCGUCCACGCGAGUGGGUCAACCUAUAUCGAGUUUGACCAGGUCGAAGUCCCUGUAGCCAAUCUGCUUGGAGUGGAGAACAAGGGGUUCCCCGUCAUUAUGAACAACUUUAACCAUGAGCGACUUUGGCUCGCCUGCACGUCACUUCGCAUGGCGCGAGUCUGCGCCGAAGACGCAUACCAACACGCCAUCAAGCGGGAAACAUUCGGAAAGAAGCUUAUUGAAAACCAAGUUAUCCGCGCGAAAUUCAGUGCUAUGGCCCGGAGCCUGGACUCGACAUACGCAUGGAUGGAGCAGUUGGUCUAUAUCUCUCAGGCAGCCAAGAAGCAAGGUGUUGAUGCUUCCAUGGGCGGAUUAUUCGCGAACUUGAAGGUUUUGGCAGGUCAAACUCUAGAGAAGGUGAACAGGGAAGCCCAGCAAGUCAUGGGCGGUCUUGGAUACUCGAAGAAUGGCCGUGGGGCACGUAUUGAGCAAGUCAGUCGCGAUGUUCGGGUUAUGGUAGUGGGUGGUGGGAGUGAAGAGAUCCUCUCGGAAUUGGCGGUUAAUCAGGAGAUUAAGAGUAUGAAGAAGAUGAGUAAAUUGUAG